AUUUCAGCAGCACUGAGUCUGACCAGCAAACAUUUCUUCAUUUAUAAAGAAAAAAAAAACAAGUUUAAACCCUCCACUUUAUUUCACUUCCUGUCUGCAUUUACUCCAGAGUUUAAAAUGCCUUUCAUCGAGCCCGUAUCAGACUCGGACCUGCAGAGGCUGGCUUUGGACCGGGUCGUCCCGUCUCUGCUGGAGGACGGAUUCUGCUAUGUGGACGGUCUGCUGGGUGAGCUGGUUGGAGACGCGGUGCUGGAGCAGGUGAAGGACAUGCACCGGUCCGGAGCGCUGCAGGACGGCCGGCUGGUGGGCUCCGUGCCGGGCAUCCGCCGUAAGAGCAUCCGCGGGGAUCAGAUCGCCUGGGUGAGCGGGUCAGAGCGAGGCUGCGAGGCGAUCAAUUUCCUGCUCAACCUGAUCGAUAAGCUGGUGUCACUGUGCUCCAAUAGGCUCGGAAACACCAAGAUCAAGGAGAGGUCCAAGGCCAUGGUGGCGUGUUACCCUGGCAACGGCGCCGGUUACGUCAAGCACGUGGACAACCCGAACUCCGACGGACGCAGAAUCACCUGCAUCUAUUACCUCAACAAGAACUGGGACGCUAAGGAGCACGGAGGAAUCCUCAGGAUUUAUCCGGGGGGAGAAAACGACGUGGCCGACAUCGAGCCGCUGUUUGACCGUCUGCUCUUCUUCUGGUCCGACCGCAGGAAUCCACACGAGGUGCAGCCCUCCUACUCCACCAGGUACGCAAUCACAGUUUGGUAUUUUGACUCUGAGGAGAGAGCCGAGGCCAAGAGACGCUUCAGAGACCUGACAGCUUCCACUCGGCAGGAGAACAGUAGCAGCAGCAGCAGCUGAGCGGUGACACGUCGCCACCUGGUGGUCAAACCUUGAAGUGCAGCGGACGGACGGACGGACGGACGGACGGACGGACGGACGGACGGA